CAGAAACCGAACGUGGUUACAACGCUACUCUUGAAACUGAAAAAUCCUCCCAAUUUUCCUAAUGAACACAAACCCUAAUUCCCCCCUUUUGAUGAUAACAGACCCUGAAUUUUUAGUUAACUGAAAAACAUCCUCAUGGAUGCACCACGUGUCUCUCGAGCAAUCGGCGACCCCAAAAUCCGCCGCGUUGGUUUCUUCGCUUCAGAUUCUUCCGCCACCGAUUCUCUCAUGAUCCCGUCGCCACGUCAUCGCUCCAUUCCGGUUCCGCCGACGCACCCUUCCGGAGAUCGCCACGUGGCAUCCGGGAGCUACGAUCCCACGGAAUACCCAAAACUCGCUACUGGCAUUGAAAAGAGAGGGGAGGAAGAGGAAGAGAAAGAGGUUCUGCAAUCAAGCUUAAAGCCGUUGAAAGCAAAAACUACCAAGGCUGAGAGACGGGCCUUGCAGGAGGCACAGAGAGCUGCUAAAGCUGCUUCUAAAGACGAGGGAAGUAAAGCAGUUGCUGAAUCUGGUCGAGGCACCCCAGGUAAAAGUACAAAGCAGUCUUCACAAAAGAAAGGUGGUCCUUCCUGUGUGUCUCCAGUGGCCACUGAUAAGAAUGCAGGAAAUCGUCCUCUGGAUAAAGAUAGGAAAAUGGAUGCUCCUUCUCCGCGAAUGCAAUUUGAUGACAAAAGCCGAUUGGAAAAGGCUAGAAGAUGUGCAGUAGUCAAUCCAACUGAAUCUAGAAACAAAGUUGAAUUAUUUCAGCAUUUGCCUCAGUAUGAAUACGGAACUCAGCUUCCUAAUCUUGAAUCAAAGUUUUUCCAAAUUGGUUCAGUGCAUCCUGCUGUAUUUGAGGUUGGACUGCGUUAUUCAGCAGGAGAUAUAUCAGGGGGUAAUGCUCGUUGUAUUGCAAUGCUAAGAGCAUUUCAAGAUGCCAUUAGAGAUUACUGCACACCACAUGAAAAGGUCCUUGUUAGGGAUUUAGCUUCAAAAAUCAGUAGUUAUGUAUCUUUCUUUACUGAAUGUAGACCACUUUCUAUGAGCAUGGGAAAUGCAAUUAGGUUUGUAAAGAGUCGUAUUGUCAAUCUGACUUUAAAUCAUUCGGAGUUUGAGGCAAAAACAACCCUGUGUUCUGAUAUUGACCGGUUCAUAAAUGAAAAAAUAAUUCUUGCUGAUAAGGUGAUUGUCCGACAUGCUUUUACAAAGGUUAAGGAUGGGGAUGUUCUUCUCACAUAUGGAUUGUCAUGUGUUGUUGAGAUGAUUCUUUUAUAUGCCUAUGAGCAAGGUAAAAAGUUCCGUGUGGUGGUGGUAGAUUCACGACCUAGGCUUGAAGGUCAGGCCUUACUUCGUAGGCUAGUGGCUAAGGGCCUGAGUUGCACAUAUACUCAUAUAAAUGCUGUUUCUUAUAUCAUGCAUGAGGUCACACGGGUUCUUCUGGGAGCUUCUGCAGUUUUGUCUAAUGGAACUGUAUAUUCAAGGGUUGGGACUUCUUGUGUUGCAAUGGUCGCUCAUGCCUUUCAUGUUCCUGUAUUGAUCUGUUGUGAAGCAUAUAAAUUUCAUGAAAGGGUGCAACUGGAUUCAAUAUGUUCUAAUGAACUAGGUGACCCAGAUGCUAUUGCCAGGGUUCCUGGACGAAUGGAUGUCAGUUAUCUUAGCAAUUGGGCCAGUGAAGAUAAUUUGAGGCUUUUGAAUUUGAUGUAUGAUGCUACUCCUUCAGAUUAUGUCUCGGUUAUUGUGACAGAUUAUGGCAUGCUCCCUCCUACAAGCGUGCCUGUAAUAGUACGUGAAUAUGGACGAGAGCAUUUGUUGAUGUAGAUAUAGAGAAUGCAGAAAGUGGUGUUAACAGCCCUGCAAUCGAUCUAGAUAAAUGGAAUUUUUUAUAUACUCGAAAUUUUAGUUAGUUGUUAAAUGUGUGUAUCAGCAAUUGCCUAUUAAUUUGUUUUCUGCUAGCUGUUUGAUCGAGUCUUUAGGACGGUUUAUUUUUUUUGUUACUUAGUCGCCGUUAUGUUAGUGGCUAUUGUUUAGAAAGUUAGUUAUUGCUUUUAUGAUUUCUUUUAGUUAUAAAAAUUUCUAUUUAAACAAAUUAUUAUUCAAUAAAAAGUGGGUAUUCAUCUCCUUUCA